UUCUGUUUAUUCGCUGCCUUUAGGUCUGCGCGUGUGCUUACUCCCAUCACUCCCUCCCUUUCCCAUUGGCUGCUCCCUUCUCCCACACACGGAUAUGGACACACAUACACACACGCACUGGCUCUGAGCUCAGACACCAGAGUUGACGUUCUUGAGCGGAGGUCGAGAGAGGGACAGAUGGGAUCCACACACACACCGGAAAGAGGCACACGGCGCUCCGUGCAGCAUUGAUCACGACCGAGACCUCGAGAAGAGACUCUCUCGCAUGGAAAAGAGGAGAGAGUAAGAAUCAGUGACAGUGAGACAGAGGAAAGAAGAUGCCAUGGAAUGAGCAAGAUGGGAUUGAGAAGCCUGGGCAUCACGCAAGCUUCUUGAAGACAACAAGAAGAUCUUUUCAGCGCUUCUGAAACGGACCAUCUUGAGAGUUUUCGGUGCAUUCGUGCUCGGAUCGAACGGGAAGUUUCUGAUGUUCCAGUUCCGUUCCUGUCAAAAGAAAACGAUGAGGUGAACAACACAAGCAAAGAAACUCAAGGACAAAUGUGAGAGAUAAAGUCAACUUGAAGAGAUGCAUUGCCCAGUCUUGGCCUGUCAAGAUAUGCUACACCAGAGAGGACUGUGCACACAAGCUUUGAGUUGGAAAGUAGGGCAUUAAAGGUGUCUGGAUAUCCUCUCACUGGUCAGCCUGAAAACUGUAUCCUAUUAACAUUUUAUUUGCCUUGAUGUUUUUAGGACAAGCAUGGUUACAGCUGCUGCGGAUGUACACCGUGAGAGCUAUGUGUCGUGAGAUUUUUCUCUUGGCUAUGAAACCAUGAUGCAGACUUUUGUGACAUACUCGCAAGCCUACCCUGCCAAAGUUUCAUGCUCUUCAGGACUUACACAAAGAGAGUUUCACCAAGGUUGCUCAUUGAGUGUUUAAGUGCCCCUUUGGACUAAUGGGGCUGAAGCUCAGGAUACACCCAGUCCCUCUUUUGCAUAUUAGGACACUUGCUUAUAAAGACUCUACGUGCCAAAACCAGGACCUACUCUGACAGCAUUACCACAAAGACUUAAACAGAAACCCUCAGUCAUGUGACCUGAGGAAAGGACCAGUCACAUGCUCUGCUGCCAUCGGCUGGUCUAUUUUAUUUUAUUUUUUUUUAUUUCUGCAGCAUUUAUCAUGUUCGGAGUUUGCCAAAUGUCAAAAUCUGCAGUGUGCUAUAACUGAUUUUUUUAUCUAAUGAAUUGUUCAUUCACAUUUGACUUGUGAAAACAGACAAAAAAAAAAAAAACAAAAAAAAAACAACACAGUCAAACUUUUAUUUACAUCUAUGGUCCAUAAGCUACUCUUGGAUAACAUGGUGAGCAAAGAACCCAACCAUUUGCCAACUGUUCACAGCCACAGCAAUGGCAACCCAGACAAAACACCCACCACCGUGACUGUGCGCUCAGUGCUCCUCAACCGGAACUCUCCAGAUAUUGAAAGCAGACUUAAACGCAGACGAAACCGUACGCAGCAGGUACGCUUUAAAGAUUUGGAGGAUGACAAUGAGUCGAAGGAUAAAAAUGAAAAGUUGAGAAGUAAGAGUCCAACAGAGGUUCCAAACUGGCAAAAAGAGUUAACAAAUGGGCCCUCGCUGGUGGGAGCGGUCCGUGGGGACAUGGAAAAGACAAUUGGAGCUGUGACAGCAUUUCUGAAGAGAGCACCACCGCACCCACUUACCCCUGGGCCUACCAGACGCUGCUGGGUCCCAACGCAACCAUGUUCGCUCACACUGCCGCUGCCAACUCAGCCAUGCAGGAGUACAGCCAUCCAAACCUCACCCAGUUUGCAGAAACCUCCCUCGCUCUCGGCCACACAGACUCGCAGUCACAGCUUGGGGGGAGGCUGGGAUGACGAAGACUCCUCAGAUGAGUUGAUCGCACAGGUCUGCAUUCCACCCUGUAGAUCACAGAAGAGUCCUGUCCAACAUUGUACUCCCGCUGAGCAAUCAAGGUGCCAGAAAACUGAGGACAAUCAAACUGCCUCUGUGGGUACAACAACACAACUCCAGCCAUCUCCCCCUGCGCCACAAAAACAGUCUAGAAGGAGAGGGAGGAGGAAAUCCUUAAACAGAGCAGCAAGUGAUCCUGGGAAGCAUGAGCCUUGUACUUCUCCAACUAAAACUGUGCACAGAAGCCAUCAGCAUUCUAACCAAUCCAAGAAACCCACAUCCAAAGCUGUGGCACGCAGAACUUCGUCAGAUAUCGUGCCUCCACAGCAUUCCCCCACGCCAAACACAGUUCAUAAUACACAAUGUAAUGUCUCUUUCACACAGACUGAAGCUAGCAGUGAUUCAAAAAUCCAAACUGUCCCAGACAACACGGCCUCCUUGCAAACAGCAGAGGUAGAUCCUGCAUCUUGUCCUUCUCACACCACACCACCUCCUCCCAAAGAAACAUCACAAUGUUGCCCACCACAGGCUGCUACAGAAAACACCAUUUUGACCCCUACUGUACUGGAGCCGUUGUGCACUACCACAGCACAAGUCAUGUCCACUGACACCACACACAGGCAAUCAUGCAUGUCUCCUACUGAAUCUACAAGGCGUUGUUGCACACCUGCAAAUUGUAAGACUCCCCCAAUACCUGAUUCCCAGUGCAUUUCAGAUUCAUAUACAGAUCCCACAACUCCUGCUCAAUCCAAGCCCUGUUGCCAGACGUUGGAGGAAACCAUUCCAUGCUCCAUCAAUGCUGGCUUCAAGACAACAUCCUGUUCUCAAGGAGCACCUGCAGUCGACUCUACGUUCCCAUCCACACAGCCAUGCCAGAAGACUCCAACACAAUCCAUGGCAUGCGGUAACACCUCCAAUCAACCCGUGUACUCUGUGAUAUCUCCAACACAACCUGUAACUUCUAUUCAGUCUGUGCCAAGCUGUGAUAUUUCUAAUCAGAAUGAGCCAUUGGUUAGGACCCAAACCCUUCCUGUGCAGACAGUGCAAUCUCCUAUAUCAGCUACACACAUACCAACACCUGUUCACCCCAUAUCAUCUUGUAAAAUUCCAGUGCAGUCUAUACCAUACUGUGUCAAAGACAAACCAGCAACCUUUGGCUCUCCUACACAACCUGCAGCAUCUCAUAAGAUUCCUACACAGACCCUCCCUCACAAUGUGAUUUCAUUUCCUCCCGAGCCACACCCUGUCUCACACUUUAAGGGCCCCAUUGCAGCUGUAGCACACACUAUACCUAUUGCACAAACUGCAGUACACUGCAUUUUGGAUCAACAAAACGUGACAACCCAUGUGACUCCUUCUAUACCCGUUCUGAUUUGCAGCCCUUCCACACAACCCGCACCAGGUAAAAUUUCAGUUCAAGCAUUGCCACACUGCAACUCUAGUAAGCAAAAUGCAGUGUCUUGCAGUAAUCCCUCUCAAAUCGUGCAACACUUUAAGACUCCAAAUCAAACAGUAUCGCACUCUAAGUCAUUUCCACAAAAUAUGUCACCCAUUCUCUGUCCACGUGAGGCAAUGAUGUAUGCUAGUAAACCCCAAGAAACUGUGCUUCCCUCUGCUAAUUUCAGGCAUUCCUUACCUCCUUACGCCUGCCCUCCCCAGACUGCUUUGCUGUACACUAACACUGGGGUGAGCCCCUCCCCUCCUCAGGCCUUCUGCUGCACUCAGGACAGACGAGACAGGAGAGAGUUCAUGCUUCCUCCCCCACCUCCUCCUCCUCCUCCUCCAUACACCCCCCGCAAAGAGGGCUCCUUGACUCCAGGACAGCCCCGCAAGCCUCCUGUCCCCAAAGCCGAGAGCAACAACGCUGAAAAGGACAAAGUGAAAACUGGGGUAGCGAAGCCAAAUGUUGAAGCAGGAACUCACCAUCAGGCAGGUGAAACCCCACCUCCUAUCCCUCCCAAAACUAAGGCAAGAGCUACAGUGAGGCCCACCUGUUUAAGCAGCCGACGGGCGAUCCUUGGCCCAGAAUCCCAGUCCAAUGCAAAUCACUUGCCUCCUGCUGCGGGGACGAAUCCCCAGGCCCCCCUUGGACCAGCGGAGGGCCAAGCGGACACACUGCGGCAGGUGCAGGAGCUACUGGGGGGGCUCAUGUCUGGGGCUAAGUGUAAGCUGGACCUGGCAAAGGCAAAAGAGAAACUGUUUGGCCCAAACGGCCCUCUGUACGACAUUGGGGCUCUGCAGUCUCAGCUGCACAGCCUGGAAGGGGUGUUGGAAACCAGCCAGAACACCAUCAAGGUUUUACUGGACGUCAUUCAGGAUCUGGAGAAGAAGGAGGCAGAGCGAGACGGAAGACACUCAUACCGAACGGGACAGGAUAUUGAGAACUGCGGCACCUGCAGAGACUGCGCCUGUAUCAUAUACAGGGGCGUGUCUGCUGUGAGACUUCAGUGUAAACGCCCACUGCUGUGAUUGGCUGACAUCUUUGCAUAUUAAAUAGCUAAGUAUUACUCUCUCGAAAACUUUUAGCACAUUUUUACUAUUACAGCUCUCAAGAUUAACUAAUCGUGUGAAGUGUUGAUUAUAGCAUUACAUUUAGAUCUUUGGCAUUAUAUUUAGAUGGUGGCAUGAAAGGUUGCAGUGAUGAAAAUUGUAGUCAAUCACAGACAUGUUGUUGAGUGCAUGAAAGCAGUGAUCUCAUGAUUGCAACUCAAUUUCUGCACACUAACGAAUGCUUUCAUCUUAACUAACAGUGCAAACGUGAUGUAACUAAGAGAUUAACUGAAUAAAACUGGAAUUUUGGUGCGAGUCCAAAACUCGCGCAGUUUGAUUGACAGCUCCAGCGAUUGUAAAGUGAUUGUAUUCUACAUCUAAUUUAAUCUCAGUUUAAAUAACAGACUAUUUUCAUCCUACUAAGAGAAACAAUGUGAAGUUAAGUCGCUGGUUUGAUUUACUGACACAUAAACAAAGAACAUCUGACUGUACAUGAAUUAUUACAUAUCAGAUCAGGCAUUAGAAUCAACACAGUUACUUACAUGUUGUUGCAUUGCUGUCGAGUCCAUAUAGUAAAAGUCUGUUUGCAAAGCCUGUGCUGAAAUGCGAUUGAUUUACCAAAGAAUCCACAGUGAAAUGUACAGAAUACAAAUAAAUGAAGCUCAACUGAGACAUUCACAUUGUUGAAAAUAAAUAACCAUAUUCCUAGCAUUAGGAUUCUUUGAAAGGUAAUGUUAUUUUUAGUAUCGCUCUUCUCUCCUCCUUCAUCUCACUAACACGCCAGUGGGCGGGGCUAAUGUUGCAAUGAUGAAGUAGGCGUUGAUUUCACCUAUCUAUAGAUAGGCACAUUCUGGGGCAAGUUGUUCACUGGGCCUGGCGUCAAUAAAAGCUUUUAUUGAACUAAUGAAGUUUUCAGUUCUGAAGCUUACAGGAUAUUCUUAUAGUACGAUGACCUCUUAUAUAUCAAAAGCUCAAGAAAAAAGUUGAUUUCACAAUUCAUGACCCCUUUAAGAGUGUAUUUCAAUGCAUUCUCAAAGAACAUCCUUUUAUGAUGCAUUUUUUCCCACAAUAAUAGCUGUAAA